AUGGGAGACAACAGAGUAUUAAUAGUAGGACCCUCUCUCAGUGACCCUCUGGGGAGUUCAGCUCAACGGCAGGCCUUCCGGGCCCCAGUGGUAGAAGGCAGGCUGCUGCCGGGUGGUGCGGCGAUGAGAAAGCAGCCACCACCUCAUUCCCAAGGUCCCUGCCCCAGCGACCCUCUGGGGCGUUCAGCUCAACGGCCAGUCAGCAGCAUGCAGGCCUUCCGGGCCCCAGUAGUAGAAGGACAACGGCAGGCCUUCCCGGCCUCACAGGAAGACGGCAGGCUGUUGCGGGGCGCUCAGCAGCAGGCCUCCCAAACCUCACUGGUAGACGGCAGGCUGCUGCCGGGUGGCGCAACGAUGAGAAUGCAGCCACCGCCCCAUUCCCAGAAGCGUCCCAGUGACCCUCCGGGGAGUUCAGCUCAACGGCAGGCCUUCCGGGCCUCACAGGUAGAAGCCAGGCUGCUAUGGGGUGGUGCGACGAUAUUCGAGACGUCUCAAAAGUCAGUAGUAGAAGGGAGGCUGCUGUCGGGUGGUGCGACGAUCAUGCCACAGCCGCCGCAGCUCCAGCCAUCGCCAACAGUUGCACGGCCUCCUCGGCCACGUGCCGCCGCUAGUCGCCUGGUUAACCGUUGGGACUUGCAUGAUGAUGACGGUCGUCCAGGUGCCGAUGCAGAUGCCUGCCGUUUGGUGGUAGAUCGCCAAGGGAUUGCCAGUUGCCUGCCGGGUGUUACGGGAAGAACAACUGCGGCACUACCAUCUACCAUGGGCCCAUCGAUUGACAUCGUCGGGCUCAUCGAGGCUUUGCUUCGAUCCCGGGCUGGUUCGGGUUUGGAACCACCCUCUCCCGAGGCUGCACACGCUGCUGCAGCAAGUCAUGUAGUCCGUGCUACAGGUGCUGCAGGAGACGGCGCCAAGCAGGAGGUUGUAGCAGCAGGAUCCCCUGUGUCCCCUGCUACAGCCGCUUGUCCCUGGGCUGUUCCUGCAGAAGCGACAGCUGCUACAGCAGCAUUCGUUCAAAGGGUUCCCUGUUCAUGCCACCCUUGUUUCACCUCCCUCGCUCAGCAGAAACAGGAGGGGUUGGAGAAGGCGAAGGGGCAGCAAGAACAGGCGGAGGAGGAGGAGGAGGAGGAGGAGGAGGAGGAGGAGGAGGAGGAGGAGGAGGAGGAGGAGGAGGAGGCGAAGGAGGAGGCGGAAAAGGAGGAGGAAGAGGAACAGCCACAGCAGCAGACGGGGAAGCGGCAGCAGCAGGCACAUCAAGGAAAGGAGAAGGAGCGGAAUGAGGAGUACGACGUGAAGCAGGAUCACGAGGAGCAGGAGAAGCAGGCUCAGGAGAAGCAGGCACAGGAGAAGCAGACUCAGGAGAAGCAGAUUCAGGAGAAGCCGGCUCAGGAGAAGCAGGCUCAGGAGAAGCAGUGGGAGCAACAGCGGGACACGGUGGCAGUGGCGAUUGUUGGCAUGAUCAAGAACCUUGCAAUGGCCGCUGCCAGCCUGUUGCCUCCCCACCAGCAGCUCAGUGCACUCCGCCCCCUGUUCCAUCUGCUGCCAAACCUGCAGGUCGCGUCGACUCUGCCGAGGCAGGAUCUGCCGAGCCAGAUUCUGCCGAACAAAGCUUUGCCAAACCAGGCUGUGCCCAGCCGAGGGAGAAAGGAAGAGGUAGAGGAAGAGGAGGAGGAGGAAGAGGAAGAGGAGGAGGGAGAGGAAGAGGAAGAGGAUGAAGAGGAAGAGAAAGAGGAGAAAGGAGGGGCAGACGAGAAAGAAAAGGAAGAGGGAGAAGGCACGGCGAAGGAAGAGGAUGCAAGGGAGGAGCAUAAUGGGCUGCAGGAAGGGGGACGACUGCAAGGGGGAGCAAGAGGAGGCAAGGAGGUGCAGCCGCAGCCACAGUUCGCGGAUUCAAGUAAUUCGAUCAUCAAGGAGCGACUCAAUGCUCCCCAAACAAGGCCUUCCAGUGGAGAGGCCGCUGAAAUGGGUCUCUUGGCGAGGGAAACCGGGCAGAAGCGCAAGCAGCACGAGGGGGAGCAUUGGGACGGGGAGCAUGGCCAUGGGGAGCAGCAUGAGGGGGAGCACCUCCCCAAUGGCCUUCAGCUGCUUAGAGCCGGCUGCCAGCACAACGAGCAACACCCGCGCUGCUUCCCUUGUCCACUUCUCCCCUUUCUCUCUUUUGCCUCUCCUCUUCUUCUCCUCUUCCCUCCUUCCCACCCCCUCAGCUCUUCCCCCACAGCCUUCAGCUGCCCAGAGCCGGGCUGCCAGCACAACGACCAGCACUUUCGCUUUCGUCCGCUCAAGUCCCUUACCUCGCUGCACACCCACCACCGUCGUGUGCAUGGCAACAAGCCCUUCACGUGCUCCCGCUGCCAGGUCAAGUCCUUUGGCAUUCAGUCCGACCUGCGAACACACGAGAAGCGGUGCGGUGUAAAGCGGUGGCACUGCUCCUGCGGGAACUCCUUCAGCAGAAAGGACAAACUAGACAACCACCUCAACACGUUCACGGACCACUCCCCUCUCUUCAACCUCCAGCCAGUGGACGUCCCGAUUCAGCCAAAGCAGAAGGUGCAGCAGCGGAGACAGACGCUGCAGGCCGGGGCACAGCAGGUAGGGGCGUCAAAUCAGCUUGAGACGCAGACGAAUCAGCUAGUGGCGCAAAUGAAGCAGCUAGAGGCCCGUCAGAGCGCCAGCCGCAUGAAUGUGGCUGUCACGGAUCAGUCUCCUGCCAGUCACCUGGCGCGCUCUGCUAGCUGUGCUUCUGAGAGGAACAAUCCUUUGAGGGGAAACAGCUUGAAGAGAAGUGCGCUGGAGAGGAAUGAGUUGGAGGGAAAUGGUUCAGACGGGAAGGAGAGCAGGAGUAGGAACGUGUCGCUGCUGCAGGGGGCUGUUCAGUCGGACCAAGAGCGCCCCUUGCAAGCCGAGGGCUUUGAGCGUGGUCGGCCAUCUCACCACAUGCAGAAUCAGCAGACCGAGGAAACCCAGCAGUCACAGCAUCAUCGGCAGAACCAGCAGGGUCAACAAGCCCUUGCAAUACACAAGAUACUUGCAUUCCCAGCUCUCGCCACGCUGCCAAUGAACACGCCUGCGCCACCCCUGCAGGCACCCACGCCCGUGGAACAAUGUGCUCCACCCUUGCCCCAGAAGCACCCCUCCCCGCCCUUGCUUCAGAAGCACCCCUCCCCGCCCUUGCUUCAGCAGCACCCCUCCCCGCCCUUGCUUCAGCAGCACCCCUCCCCGCCCUUGCUUCAGCAGCAUCCCUCACCACCCUUGCUUCAGCCGCACCCUUCCCCACCCUUGCCCCAGCAGCACCCCUCCCCACCCUUGCUUCAGCAGCACCCCUCCCCACCCUUGCUUCAGCCGCACCCCUCCCCACCCUUGCUACAGCCGCACCCCUCCCCACCCUUGCUUCAGUCGCACCCGUCCCUCCCGCUGCCACAGGAACACCCCUCCCUCCCUUUGCAGCAACAGCACCCCUCCCUCCCCCCACAGGCAGCACAGGUGCCACCUCUGACUCUGCCAGCCCAGUUGCUCACACAGAUGACCGGUCACCACAGUCAGCACAGCCAGCUCCAGUAG